AUGCAGGAAUGCCAGACGCAGCUCUGCCUCUCUGUCUACAUCAUCACCUUCAUCACGGGCUUCCCCACCAACAUCCUGGCCUUCUACACCUUCAUCCUGAAGGUGCGGCGCAAGCCCACGCCCAUCGACAUCCUCCUCCUCAACCUCACCGUCUCCGACCUGCUCUUCCUCAUCUUCUUGCCCUUCAAGAUGCAGGAGGUGGCCAACCACAUGACGUGGGACAUGCCCUACUUCCUGUGCCCGGUCUCGGGCUUCAUCUUCUACAUGACCAUCUACAACAGCACGCUCUUCCUGACGGCCGUGAGCGUGGAGCGCUACCUGGGCGUGGCCUUCCCCAUCCGCCACUCGCUGGGCCGCCGCCCGGCCUACGCCGUCCUGGCCAGCGUCUUCAUCUGGGUGGUGUGCUUCGCCCACCUCAGCAUCGUCUUCAUCAUGCCCUACUACAACCCUCCCGCCGACGCGUCCUCUCCCUCCGGCGGCGCCGGCGCCAACGGCACCGGGCUGACGAUGGUGAUGCCCGCCGGCCGGCUGCGUCCGAACGUCUGCUACGAGAACUUCUCGGACGCGCAGCUGGACAUCCUGCUGCCGUACCGGCUGGAGCUGUGCGUGGUGCUCUUCUGCGUGCCGCUGCUCAUCUGCUCCUUCUGCUACAUCAACUUCAUCCGCAUCCUGCUGCGGCUGCCCAACAUCGGGCGCCAGCGCCGCCUGCGGGCCGUGGGCCUGGCGCUGGGCACGCUGGUGGUCUUCGCCCUCUGCUUCGGGCCCUACAACGUCUCGCACGUGGUGGGCAUGGUGACGGACGAGAGCCCGCGCUGGCGCGACCUGGCGCUGCUGCUCAGCACCUUCAACGCCUGCCUGGACCCCUUCAUCUUCUACGUGUCCUCCUCGGCGGUGCGGAACAUGCUGGCCGGCAUGCUGCAGGGCCUGUGGAGUCGCCUGCCCACCUGGGACGGCGCCCGACUCGCCAAGUGCCUCGGCUGGAAAAUGGACCUCAGCGAGUCCAAAAAAGACAAUUUGCCCAAGCCUGCCGACAUAAAUGCCCUCUGACAAGAUCCCCACCCACUAGAUGGCAAUUGACUCUCUUUUUUGCUAUAUCUAGCCUAUUCUAUUUUAUUGCUAGCACAGGGAUAUCUGUUUCUCUGUCAUCACCUCAUGGCCUGCUUCUCCAUUCUGUCUAGACAAGAGGCAUGAUAUGGAAUUGCUACACAUACUUGUGUUACUGAGAAUGAAGUAGAAGAUGUUGGUUUAGAUGCUUGCUCAAGAGAAGGUGGUGUUUGACACCUCUCCACUGACAAACAUGCACUGCACUAUAUGCUAAAGACAAACUUUGACAGUCAUCUGUGUCACAGGUGGAAGUUUGACCCAAUUUUGUUUAGCUGGUCUUGUUUGCAUAGUGGAAACAUACAACAGAACUUGACAUACAUUGAGGCGAGAUAACCCAACCAUAUUGCUUUUGAAAGGCUUAUUUAGCUUCUGGAACAAUCCACAAAAGAUAA